AGUCGGAGAAGGUUUGUUAAACCUUGAGCGCGUCCUGGUGCCUCAACCUCGCAGCAUUCUCUCCUUCGCGCGCCUGGAGCUUCCGUAAUGUAAAGAUAGAAGCCAAUUGGCGGCUACGACCUUUGCUGUUGGACCACACUUCCCGUACCCGACGGAACUGCUUCAACAUGGCGUUUCCGAUCGCAUACAGACAUCGCCUAAUCUCUGCAGUGCUGGUAUAAAUAUUGGAAGAACUGCUGCCUAUCGGUUCCCCGUGUUGUCGGAUCUCCGUAACAACUCCUUGCGCUGUGCAAACUGAGAAGGAGAUGGCAGACUUUCCCAUUGACUACGCCUACCUUGUAGGUAGCUGGUGUUCAGCGGUUCUCUGGGGUGUCUACGGUGUUUUAUUUGGUCUUUGCCUAUGGCUUGUUUUCAACCACGGGCAAUUACAUCCUGUGCAACUGGCUGCGCUCAUCUCUCUUUAUGUUUUGGCUACUUGCCAUAUUACGCUCGACUUUGUCCGCCUUAUCCAGGGCUUCGUGUUCACAGACUCCGGCCUGCCUCGCAUUUACUUCUUCUCCAACGUUGCUCUCAAGAUCAACGUUGCUAAAGACUUCUUGUACAUCACGAGCUUGAUCAUUGGCGACAGCGUGAUUGUCUGGCGUUGCUGGAUCGUGUGGAGGAAGAAGUGGGUGGUUGUUGCCUUCCCAAUCCUCAUGGUCGUCGGUGAAGCGAUCGCGGGUUAUGUUGCUAUCGGAAAAUAUCUGUCUCCCGAUCUCACGACCGACACAUCCAUCAAGCCAUGGGGCACUGCCAUGUUCUCAAUAUCGCUGGCAACUAACAUUCUUGUGACCAGCUUGACUGCUGGUCGAAUAUGGUGGAUCUCCCGCACCACAAACAAGCUCAUGGCUGGUACUGGUGCUGGUACUCGAUCUCUAGCUGCCAUCACUCUCAUUAUCGAAUCCGGUCUUGCCAUCACUCUGGCCAAGAUCAUCGAGUUUGCCACUUUCCAGAUUGCGUUCGCAGGCACCGUCAAUAUGCAGGCCAUAUAUAUCAUGUUUGAGCUUAUGCCUCAGCUUUUUGGCAUUGUUCCUACGGUCAUCAUCCUUUCCAUCCAAGUCGGCGUUACAUCAAGCAAGGCUUACAGCGCAGGCAAUGGACCGCACUCGCUCCCACGCAACGGUGUAUUUGGUGCCAACAGCGGGGAGGCCCACGUCACUUCUUAUGGUCGACGAACGCCGGGUGCCUUCCCUAUCGUUUCGGUCGAAACGACCACUUAUGGGGAUCAUCAUGCCAGUGAGAUUGAACUCGGUGCCAAAACCGCCACAAUGCCCAAGCUGGACAGAAAGGCAUCCACCGAUUCCUCACUUGCUUAAGUGCAAUUGUCGAUAUCUUCUUCCUACUGCUGUAUCAUUUACAUAGGUAAUCC